CCUCAGUGAUGCAUAGAAGAGGUAAGCAACACUGUGGUGGCGGAGGGGAUGGUACGUUAGAGGUGGAGACUCUGUAAAACAAAAGGCUCAUAGUAGAUCAAGCACCAGUGGAGUCGUGUUUGUGCAUCAAAGAGGAAAAAACUUUUCUGUCCUUGAACAUGGAUGAGUUUGUUCGUGGCAAAUUGACUGAUUGGGGUCUCAGUGAGUGGAUACCAAAAUUUGAAGAUGAAGGCAUUGACAUGGAAUGUCUUUACGAGCUUGAUGAUGAAGAAAUUUGUAGCUUGAUCCCAAAUAUAGGACCAAGGAAAAAAUUCAAUAAGAGACUCAAGUUGCUAAAGGAAGGACAAAACCCAACAAAUCAGGAAACAGCUGAUGUAUCUGCUCACGAGCAUGAAGCAGCAGCUGAUAAUGCUCAGGUUUUGCUGUCCACCAGUGACACAAGUGUUAGAGGAAAGAGACAGUUGGAUCUUCAGGGUGAGGGGGGAGUCCCCCCAGCUAGAAAACGACAACGUGAAAAAAAUGCGGAAUCAUUCUCAGACGAAAUCAUCCUGUCUGAUGUGAAAAACAUAAUGAGAUGUGUCCAUCAGAGACUACAAAAUGAAGACAACACAAAGCUCAAUGCUUUCCUGAAGACUAAAAUCAGUGAUCUGGAGACUGACAAGAGGGAGCUGGUCGGUGUUUUUGGUAAAACUGGGGCUGGAAAGAGCUCUUUGAUAAAUGCCAUCAUUGGAGAGAAGAAUCUUUUGCCCUCUGGAAGUGUCAGUGCAUGUACUACAGUCAUGAUUAAAGUGGAGGCGAACAUGCACAACCCAAAGUAUGAAGCAGAAAUUGAGUUCAUUACAAAAGAGGAGUGGAGAGAUGAGUUGUGGUCCAUGUAUCAUAUUCUUCAGGAUAAUGCAGGUCAGCAAAAGGAAAAUGAUGAUGACUAUCGUGACACUGUUGAAAAGCUGGCAGCAGUGUAUGGAGAAGAAUGGAAAAACAUAUCCCUUGAAAACCGCAUGGAUAACAAAUACUUCAAAGACAUUCCAGAAUUUCUCCAGUCCAAGAGGAAGAUAUUGACAUGUGAAUCAGCUGAAGAGUUGUCUGCAAGAUUGGUCAAAUACACAAGAAGUGACUCGAAAGUGGGAGACGGUGAAAAAGUAACGAGGCAAUACUGGCCACUGGUGAAGUGUGUGACUGUCAGGGUGCCUAAUAAUGACUUUCUCCAGCAUGUCACACUUGUGGACCUUCCUGGAAGUGGAGACCGUAACAAGAGCAGAGAUAAAAUGUGGAAAGGGAUUGUUGGAAGUUGUUCUACUGUGUGGAUCGUGACUGACAUUAAUCGAGCAGCAGCAGAGAAAGAACCCUGGGAGAUCCUGGAAAAUGCCAGUAGCCUCAUGGGAAAUGGUGGCGAGUGUCAGCACAUUCACUUCAUCUGCACCAAGUCUGAUCUUAUUGAAGAUUGGGAUGAUCAUUUAGCAGGUGCUGUCCCUGCUCUCGUAUUUAAAAGAAACAUGGAAGCCAAGAAAACAGUGAUCAGAGAAUUCAGUCAACAGAGAAACAUUAAGAAACACUUCAGUGAAAACUGUUUCAAAGUGUUCACAGUGAGCUCCAAAGAGUUUCUGAAAGGAAAACAUCUGAAGCCAGAAGAAACUGAAAUACCCCAACUUCAGGAAUUUCUGCAAGAUCUCAAUGACUGUCACUCAGAGACAUUAAACUAUGUGUCUGGAGCUUAUGGGAUUCUGUCUCUGAUUCAAGGGGCAAGAUGCAGAGGAGUGGCCAACAAAAAAGCAGCUGUGUGCACAGAGCUUGAAGAAACCUUGAGGCGUGAACUUGAUAAAGUCAAAAAACCCAUGGAAGAGGCUUAUGAGGCUUUUGAAAAAUGCCUUGACAAGGGGGUUAAAGAGUCAAAAAGUUCAUGUGAAGGAAACUUGAAGUCCAUCUUAUAUCCUGGUGGCACAUCAGGUCGUGGUUUUCACAGAAUAUUGAGGUGUGUAGUUGAGAACAAUGGCGCCUACAAACCAAAAAGAAAAGAAGGGAAAGAAAUAAACAUCAACAUGAAGUUAAGUUCAUGCCUGACUGACAACAUUGAUGAGGAAUUCAGGAAGACCUUCCCAAAUGAAGGAAAAUGUGGACCAUUCAGUGGAGUCAUCAGUAUGUUUUCACUUGACACAGAGUGGCUGAUUCAAAAGUACAAAGAUGUCGAACUGCAACUGAUUUUUCUCAAGACAGAGGAGGAAAAAAUUAAGACAAAAGUUAACAAAACCAUCCGGGAUCGUAAGAAAAUAAUAUACAGCAGUCUGACGGGGACAAUAAAGGCAAACAUGCAAGCAUGCUAUGAAAGAGCAGCAGAGUUUAGAGGACCGGACACACUGAAUAACAUGAGGGACGCUAUUAAGAAGCAUGUACAUGAUUCAAAGAACGUCAUGUUUCAGGUGGCCAAAGAUGUGAUGUUAACCCAACUGAAAGACUUGAAGAUGUACAUUCUGGAGGAACUGGAGAAAUCCCUGAAGGAAUCAAUUGAGCUGUCACUCAAAACAGAUGAUUACUCAAUCCCAGAUUUUUCAGCAGAGCUUAACAUGGUGAAGAGAUACAGAGAUGAACGGCAGACCAGCCAAGGUGAAGAAAUGUCACUAACAGGUGCUGAUCCACGUGGCCCAGCAGCUGCACUGAGUCCAUGACAUGUAAACAGGUUUGCUCAGUGGAGAUAAAUAGCAGAGGCCUGAUCACCCACUGAAUGUCCCUGCAGACAUGAGGUCUCUGGAUUUAUUCUCAACCAUUUUUAUCAAGUUAUUGUCUUUUUUUUCUUUGAGUUUUAAUUUGUUAUGUACUUUGACUUGAAUUGCAUGCAGAGAGUCAUUUUUGUCAUGUUACUUGUUCUUCUUCUCUUUGAGUGUUGGUUUGUACUUUGACUUUGUUGUGAAUUACAUGCAGAGAGUUUUUAGAUUUUUUGGUCUGCCAUUGACAUUAACUGAUGAGAGUCCAGAGGCAGGUGGCUGACAUGCAAAGGUUUGAUUCAAACCAGGAACAUUAUGGUUUACAUGGUACCGGUCUUUGCCACUAGGCCUCUAUAAUGCCACAAAGAUUCUGUGUUUUUAACGAUUUAACAGUUUUUAUAUACUUUAAUGUUUUUCUGCCCAUGAUUUUAUUUUAUUACUUUAGUGCUAGAUGAUUGAUAGAGGUGCUAAUGAUUUUAUGGCUGUUUAAAUGAAACCUUGAAUACAAGAUUUAACUUUAGGCUUUUCAAGCAAUGAUCUUAAAUCACUAUUUUUCCUUCAUGGUCAAGGGCAAAACUUUUACUUACUGAAAAAUAAUGGUUUCUAUGUGUGUUUAUAUAUGAGCAAUAGAAAUAGAUGAGUGGUGACUUUUUACUUAUUCACUUAUUUACUGCACUAUAUGUUGUUGUUUUUUCAGCAAAAGUGUAAUUGAUAUUGUCCUUUAAUCCUCAAUAAACUGCUGCAUGUAGUUUA